AUGUUUGCGCCCUCCAACACAGCUGUCAUGAACCCGACAUCGCUGCCCGGGAUUUUGCCAGGGUCUCUGAACUCCAUGAACAACAAUAAUCCCAACAAUGUCAGAAACAACUCUAUUGGCACUAACACCAAUGCCAACGCCAAUGCCAAUGCCAACGCUCCCGGGACGACGACCAACGGCAACGUGCAGAACUCACUCCAUGCACUAGACGACCCCAACGUGUACCAUUGGAUCUGCCAGCUCACCUACGGCCCAAACAAAGAGCAAGCGCUGCUGGAACUGGGACGUAAACGCGAGCAAUACGAGGACCUCGCCGUCGUGCUGUGGUCAUCCUUCGGAGUCGUUGCAGCACUGCUGAGCGAAAUAACCUCCGUGUACCCCAUGCUGUCGCCUCCGGUACUGUCGAACCAGCUAAGCAACCGGGUCUGCAACGCCCUCGUGCUUUUGCAGUGCGUAGCAUCCCAUCCCGAAACUAAAACCCUGUUUUUACAAGCACACAUCCCACUGCUACUCUUCCCCUUCCUUAACACCACGUCAAGACAACGAACUUUUGAAUACCUGCGCUUGACGUCCCUGGGAGUCAUUGGCGCUCUCGUCAAAAACGACUCUACCGAGGUAAUAGCAUUCCUGUUGCGCACAGAUAUCAUCCCGCUGUGCCUCCGCAUCAUGGAGUCGUCUUCAGAGCUUUCCAAAACGGUGGCCAUUUUCAUUCUACAAAAAAUCUUACUGGACGACGCAGGACUCCAGUACAUAUGCGCAACUCCAGAACGUUUCCACGCCGUUUCCCAAGUGCUUACAUUUAUGGUCGAGCAAUUGACUCUCCAGCAGACGCCGGGGCGUCUCCUGAAACAUGUUGUGAGAUGCUACUUGCGUCUUAGUGACAAUCUUGAGGCCAGAAGAUUGCUCAAACAGGUGCUUCCUCGACAACUCAAGGACAACACUUUCGGAGAAGUCUUGCGUGAUGAUUUAGGAACCAAGAGGUGUCUGGCACAGCUAUUACUGACACUCAAUGAGGAUUGA